CUGACUGACUGCACACAGAAGAGCGAGAGGCCAUUAGCUUACUGCUUCACUGCCCCGUGCAAGCUGACACACACACUCGCUGACUGCCACUCACUCUGACACAUACAUACACACACACACUGCCUCUCUCUCUCCCUCUCUGUCGCAAACACACACUCACUCUAUCCCUCCCAUACUCUCUCUCUUACUUUUAGUGUCAUCCUCUCACACACACACACACACACACACUGAUAGAGUCAGUCACCAAACCUCAUUCAACUCCCUCCCAGGCGUGGGCCAGCAGCUCAGACAGGCACCUUAUUACUAUCCAGCUGGUAAGAACAUAGCUUGCAAGGUGCACACACACACACACACACACGCACACUCCAUCCAUACACACACACAUACACACAAACCCUCACACAUCCUAGGACUUUUCUCUGUGGACCGGAAAAAGAAGAAGGAAGACAAACUGAGAGUGAACAAGUGGGAUUAAAGAAGAACUUCUAAAGGAGGAUUCACUUUAUGAAAGACGUGGACAAACAGACAAACAGAACUGAAGAUGACACUCGGAGUAACAAGCGUGUUGCUGUAGACCGGCCUGCUCUCAGCACAAAGUGGAGACCGGUCAUUGCUGACAUCCAGAGGAUCUCCUGUGAGUGCGAGAUUUCCCUCCCUUCUCUCUUCUGGACUCCCACCCUCCUGUCAUCUCUCCGCGGGGACAUCUCCUGAUCAUCAGCAUGCCUACAGCUUGCACAAGGUGCACCUUGGGAGUCUGACCCACCAUGUGCAGAUGGACGCCAUCCGUGGAUCAUCUCUGUCCUGAACCUGCCCUUGGCACCACCACUGCUACAGCCUCCGCCAGGCAACUUCUCCCUCUGCCUAGUGCAGCUUCCCUGUGCCUGGCAUGCUUCACUGUGCUCCUGGUCACCGCUGGCACUACCACAGGGGCCUGUCCUCCUGGCGUAGGGCAUGAACCCCUUCAGGUGCUCGCCAGUGUCACCAACUGUUCGUGGACAUUGGAAAGGCACACUCGCAGUUAUAAUCACCUUGAGGGUGAUGUCCGACUACGGCGGCUUUACUCUGCCAACAAGUUUUUCCUGUGCAUUGACAAAACGGGCAAGGUGGAUGGCACUCGGCGGAAAAACUACGUCGACAGUCUGAUGGAAAUCCGAUCUGUCAGUGUGGGAGUUGUUGCUAUCAAAUCUGUCAGCACUGGGCUCUACUUAGCCAUGUCCAAGAAAGGCACACUCUUUGGAUCGGUGAAGUACAACCCGAGCUGUAAGUUCAAGGAGCGCAUUGAGGAGAACGGCUACAACACAUAUGCCUCCCUCAGGUGGAAACAUGGCGGCAGACAAAUGUUUGUUUCACUGAAUGGACGUGGGAAGCCACGGCGAGGACACAAGGCUCGACGAAGACACCCAUCCACUCAUUUCCUGCCUAUGCUCCCAUCCUAGCUUUCCAGUGAUCCAAACUCUGACCGCCAACUGGCUGGUUCACCGGACUCCUCAUCCUAGUAUUGAUUGGAACGUGAUCUUUCGUUUUUUUUGUAUCCUAUCCUGUCACAAAAAUGUACAUUUGUUGAACUCUGUAACAUGUGUAGCGUUAGUAUAAUAUGUAUGUUUAAGUUAUUUUCACCAUUUUUCUAAUGAUGUUCUGCAAUACAGUCCAAUAGACUUAUCGUAGAAUUACACUUUCUUCAAGAAUCUGUCUGGUUACAGUAUGUGUACAUCUGUGUGUCUGAGGUGCAUGCAAAGUGGCGUUUGGGGACUUUUAAGAGACUGAAAGAUGACUGAAAACGGACAGCAAGGCUUGGAAAUAAAAUCUGGCCACUAGUUUGUUAAUUACAGCAUUUCAGAUGUUCCACUAACUAACAAGGGAUGUAUCUAGCACAUUAAGAUAAUGGGACACACACCUAUUGGAGGUAGUUUAUGGUCUGAGGUAUUUUUUUUUUUUGUUUAAAGGUGAUAUUUGUCAUGUUUCACUUCUGCUGUGCAUGGUUUGAUGGUGGGUACAGAUGAUGGUUAUUGUUUAUAUUCAUCGUCAGACAAAGGCAACUUACUCAUGGCAGACUGGAUGCCAUAUUUUAAACAUGGACUGGCUAAAAAUGAAGUGGAAGAGAAGAAUAAAACAAGUGAACAGAGCUUUUUACUGCUGUAGACAGAAGAAUUAAUUUGAUGCUUAACUUGCAAAGUUGUGCGAAUGAGUAACUGGUAGAUUGGUGAGUAAACAGCAUUUAACAUUGGCUAUGCAGCAUUAGCAAAAACUUUCAUAACUCUCUUUAUAAUAACAACAAUAAUAAUAAUAAUAAUCAUCUUCA